GACCCGCGCGAGUAAUUUAACAUGGCGGAAAUUGCCGCCGUAGAGGUUACGAGCCCGCGGGGAUGUGCGGAUGGGGAGGACGCAGAGCUCGAAGAGGAGGGGAUGGCAGAAAUGCCGAGAGAUGAUCAGGAGCAAUUUGAGUGCCAGGAACUGCUCGAGUGGCAAGUGCAGGUGGGGGGCCCCGAGGAAGAAGAGGACCCGGGCCCGGUGGCCGAGGCCGAGGCGGUAGCUGCCGGCUGGAUGCUCGAUUUCCUCUGCCUGUCUCUUUGCCGGGCCUUCCGCGACGGCCGCUCCGAGGACUUCCACCGGACCCGCGACAGUGCCGAGGCUAUUAUCCAUGGAAUGUCCAGUCUAACAGCUUAUCAAUUGAGAACUAUAUACAUAUGUCAGUUUUUGACAAGAAUUGCAGCAGGAAAAUCUCUCGAUGCACAGUUUGAAACUGAUGAACGAAUUACACCCUUGGAAUCAGCUCUGACAAUUUGGGCUUCCAUUGAAAAAGAACAUGACAAACUUCAUGAAGAGAUACAGAAUUUAAUUAAAAUUCAGGCUAUAGCUGUUUGUAUGGAAAAUGGCAAUUUUAAAGAAGCGGAAGAAGUCUUUGAAAGAAUAUUUGAUGACCCGAAUUCUUAUGAGGUAGUUGUUUAUAUUAGAAUCAGAAUUUUAGAACUGCUUAUAUGGAGUGAGGCAGCAGCAAAAGUAGUGGAAAGUAAAAGGGCAAGAACAACUCAAGAUAAACCUAUUGAAAUGGAAAUCGAAGCUAAUUUGGAUAUAGGAAAAAGUGUUAGUGACAAACGGUCUGCAACUGAAUUCUCAGGGGGUACAGUAUCCUUAUCGAGGUCUCACAAGAAGCUCUUUGUAUCUAAGUCAAAACACGGAUGCCAACAACAGGAUUUUAAUAGGCAAGAAGAAAGAAUGGAAACUCUUCAAAGUGAGUACUCUUACUACAAUUUUAGAAGUGGAGAAUUGAUUUGUCCCUGAAAGUGAUCCAGCCCUUGACCUCCCCACUACAACACCCAGACACACUUCAGAAAACUAAAGCACAAUGGAUUAAAUGCUGUACCUUCAUAGAGUUAGAAAGUUAGUGCUUAAUUUAGAAAGCUAUUCUGAUUGCCUAGCUUAGAGUACUUUUGCUAUGAUGGUACACUGAUUUUCUACCUUAACUUUAUUCAGCAACUUGAAAUAGUUACUUAAUCUGAAACAUACAGUUGUUACCACAAUAGUUAUGUUCUAUAAAGUCGCUGUGGUUGGUGACUACUAAACCAUUACUGGGGAAUUACAGGGUUAGAUUCCUUUGAGAAUCUUGUCACCACAGUUUUGUCAACUGAUAAAUACAUAACCUUGUUCAGUGUGUUUAUGUGUUUCUGUUUAAAGAUACUAAUAUAUAAUGUUGAUUCAUUAACCUUGACCUGUGGCCAAGUAGCACUGUAAGUCAUGCCUGGAUGAAGCUUUCUAACACAGAUUUUUUCUGUUGGGAACAUCCUAGUCUUGCACUUAGGAACACUAGACAACACUUCCACAAUACAUCUGGGGCCAUUUUAAACAGCUAAAUUACCCCAAAAUACAAAAUGUUGCAUUAAAUAGACUCUAAAAAAGACAUUUAUGACAGAGCUAAAACACAAAGGCAGAGCAUCACCUUGCUUAACCUUAGCUGUGAACACACACAUCAGGUGAGAUGAAUUUUUUUUGCUCUGUGCGUGUCCACCAGUGACCAUAAAAGCACUCUGUAUUGAUUUUUGAGUUACAAAUUACUAGCAGGGAAGUAAAUUCACAAAUACAGAAUCCAUGAAUAAUGAGGAUUGACUGUGGAAUCUAGCUACCUUCCUUAUUACAUUUAGAAUUUAUUCUUAUAAAAGGCAUCACUGGAUUUAAAAAACAAGCAACAAUAACCAAAAAAAAAUC